AUGUCAUCUUUCGCGCCGAACGAUGUACUUUUGGAUAUUGAAAAAUUGGAAACAAUGUUAACCAAUAGUAGCAGCAGUAGUUGUGAUUCGUCAUCGUUUAAUUGUCCAUCGUUGUCGCCAACUUCCCGCUCAUUAACUGCAACCGCACGGUUUACCGGUUCAUCGAAAGUUUAUUUAAGAAAUUUAAAUAAAUUGCUAGCAGAUAUUGAGCAAAAACAGAAGAUUCUAUCAGUGGGAGGCGGAUCAGUACUUAAACGCUUGCGUCCAUUAGAUUCGUCGUCAUCGGCACGGCCAUUGACAUUUACCUCGUUAUUUUCCCGACCUUCAGUUAAAUGUGUGUCCAAUAAUCGAUUGGAGCCUAAAACAAUUUCCUUUGCUCAACUUAUAACACAAAAUUCGUCGUUUUCUAUGGCUUAUUCCAACCAUCAGUCUGAAUAUGGUUGUGCGAGAUUAAACGAAAAGAUGUGGGUUGUUCAUUGCCGAGAACAAUUGACUAAAGCUGUCAAUGACGAAAUAUACGAAUCGGGAAGAGCAGAGAAUGAAGUCGAUUGGAAUCAUAUAUCGAAUUAUCGUCUUGAUAAUAAAUGGUCAUCGAAAGUAUGUCAAAAUGCCUGGAUACAACUUUGUAAUCCUCGAAUAAAUCAAUCGAAAUGGGCAGUUAAAGAAGAACGUCGAUUAAUAUCUAUCGUCGAACGUGAACCAUUAAGUGCUAAUCGGUGGCCAUCGAUUGCAAAGGAAUUAGGAACGGAUCGAAGUGCGUAUCUCUGUGCAAAACGUUAUAUGCAGAUAACCAACGAACAAUAUGCGAAACGACCGUUAGAAUCAACUGAGCGUCAUCAAAUCAUAUCGACAAUUAAAGAUGAUAAGCAAGGACAUUACACGAAAUAUAAUAAACUGGCUUAUGAACUCGGUGAUCGUACACGAGAAUUUAUCUACAAUCAAUGGUUACAUAUUGAUCCAUCAUGUAAACGCGGCCGUUGGUCAGAUGAUGAACAUGCGCAAUUACUAACACGUAUUAAUCAACAAACAGGCACCAUCACAAAUUGGCCGUUAGUUUCAGCUCCUGUUCGAACACGUUCGUCUCGACAAUGUCGAGAACGUGCCCUAGAUGCAUUAAAGACUGGAAAUCGUGCAGUCAAGGAAAAACAUCGUCUAUUCACAGCUGAUGAAGAUCGUCUUCUCCUCGAGCAAUACGCCAUUCAUGGUUCCAAAUGGUCAUUAAUAGCAAAAGAAUUUUCCUCUCGUACUGAUAAUUCUCUACUUGUUCGUUACCGUAUGUUGAUCAAAGCGCAAAAGCAAUGGAAUUGGUUCUGCCAAAUGAAUUCACAAAUGAAAUCUUUUCUUUUAUUUCUUUAUGAUAAUCAAAAUAAUCUUCAUGGUAAAACAGUUAUAGACAAUAUCUACUCAAUUUACGAAAGUGACAUUCGUCAAGAUAUCGAACAGUUUGGAUUUUAUCGACGCGGCCUGCCGUUUCCAUUAACAGACGAAGAAUUUCAAUGGUUCAAUGACAAACCAAAUCUAAUCGAGAAUAUCGCGCAAAUUGUCCUAGAAGAAUUUUCACAGCAACGUUUAUGUUUCCGAAAAUUUAAGGCGGAAAUUAAACCAUGGUUUACCUCAACAACAGAAGGGAACAUAUCCGAUGAUAGUAUUCGACAAAUGCUCUAUCGGACGAUCCCAAACUGUCGAAAGCGUAAAUCAUUAAUGUCGUCAACACCGGAUAAACGAUCAAGAAUCGAUCAUGAUCAUGAUGAUGAAACCAUCGAUUGUAAACAAGAACCUAUAGUUCCUCCAUUGACAUCCAUACUUUCCACAACAUCUCGUCAUAUUUUACGACCGGUACCGAAUCAGUUUUUUACUUCACAAUCGACGACAAAACUAUCUGUGACCAAUAGUAGCACACAUUUUUGUCCAUAUCUCAUUUUAAUUCGUGAGAAUUCAUGA